AUGAUUAAUUUUCCUAUUUUCGAUGAAAAUUUGAGCGAAGAGUUUGUUGAUGAAAAUGUAUCUGCCUCUUCAGUAAACACCUCUCCAAAUUUGGAGAAGAAUAUGACUGGAAGCCAAUUCCAUAUUAGUAAUAAAAUGACUCUCAAGCUCAAAGCUCAAUCAUGAUUAAAAGCCAAUACUAGGAGUUUGCUUCCAUCUAUGAAAGAUGCUGUCCUAGGACCUAAGAAGUGUCCUAUUUUCAAAAAGUAUAACAGACCAAGGAGGAUAACCAAGAAAAAGACUGAAGCAAAAGGAUCACCUCAACAGGCAACUAAAGUCGAAAAUUUAUUCAAGAGUGUUUCUGAGUUGAAAGGUUAUGUGAGAAAAUCAAAUGUUUGAACCCAAGAUUUCUCCAAUAACUUCAAAAGGGCAGUGACCAUGAGCGAUAUCAAUGCUCCUGGCUGCUUUGAAGCAUAA